UAGUGGAAUUUAUUAGGGUUUAUUUUUGUUUCACUCUUUAUUCAUUCCAUGAUAGUUUGAAGGUAGUUCAUGGCAUGCUUAGACAUGUACAACUCCUCCGAGCAUAAGGGUCACCACUGCGCUCCAAUGAGCCCAAGAAUCUCCUUCUCCAACGACUUUGUGGAUAUCCAGCAGGCCGCCAGCAGCAAGCAAGAAAGGAGCUCCAGAGACGCGCCAGUGUCCUCGGACUUCGAAUUUUCUGUCACAAACUAUUCCAUGAUGAGCGGCGCCGACGAGCUUUUCUUCAAGGGCAGGCUGCUUCCCUUCAAGGAAAAUUACAACAACCAAAUGCAGAGGACCACCACUCUCAGGGAUGAGCUUCUUGUUGAUGACGACGAAGAACGCGUUUCGCUGAGGCCGCCCAAGGGGUCGACACGGUGGAAGGGCCUUCUGGGUCUGAAGAAAACCCACAUUGGGUCCAAGAAAGCUGACAAGGGUGAAUCGUCUGUGGAUAGUAAAAGGCCUGAUUUCGUUCGUGAGGAGGCCCAUGUUAGCAAGACUUCGCAGGAGCUCUAGUUACAGAAACGUGGAGAUUGGGAUAUAGUGGCAAUAUUCUUGAUGGUGAUAGAUACCUAAAAGGUGUGGCAUUUUUUUGGGAAGGAGAGAUAGUUUUCUGUUUGGACAAAACUUAAAGAGGGUCCUGAUCUGAUCUGCAAUAGUUGGUUGGUUUUCAACUUUGGUGGAUCUUUUCUUCUGAGUUUUCAACUUUGGUAGAUGUUUGUCCGCCGGUUUGGCUGUUUGGUGUACAAAAAUGUUUGCAGUUGAACAUCUCUGUCUCAUGUUUUUUUCAAUUUUGUUAGUAAUUUUCCCCUUGUUCAAUGGUGUUUUAUAUGCAUCUUCCUCUAAGGUCUAAUUGUAUCUCUAUCUUCUAUUAAUUGGGAGGUCUAAGAACACCUUUUAGCAUUUUGUGCACAGAAAAAAAGAGGGAGAGCCUUCUCCAAC